GGCGCUUUUCUGUUCACGGUUAACGUUCAUCACUACCCACGACUUGGUCUCCCCUAGUCAGGCCAUAUAGAAGGAAGAUAGUCGACCCACGACUAGUACUACAACGUUGAGCAGCACUUAUGGGGUUGAAGCAGGACGUCGAGUUGGGCUCCGAUGCAACAUAUGGCGCAUACGACGACGUACUUGUUGAGCCAGAACGCGAAUCACUCCUGCCUGCAGAAUCAAAUUCACCCACGAAUGUCAGCACUCCGCGUUAUACCCUGGUGCAUCUUGUAUGUGCCUUUGUUGGGGGUGUCGCUUUGUGCAUCGGUGCACGCUUCCUGCUCGACGUCUCCGGUAUCGCUGGACCACCUCCACGGGGAGACGACGUGAGGGUGCAAGCACCACCGUACGUUGGUUCUACAGAAGUGCAUCAAUUCCCGCCUGCGUCCCCUACCAAUGCUUUCCCUGACCUAUUCCCCACAAAUGUUGGUUAUCCGGGUGGUACUCCUACUGGCGCAGAGCCUGGCCUCAUUGCAACUGCGCCCUCCCUCCCUCUCCAGACCGGCGCAGCCCAACUCGUCGCACCUCCAAAGAUUCACAAGCACUUCCACUCUACACAAGACGAUGACGUGGAAGAGGCAGAAGAAGAAUCCCGCAAACACUAUAAAUCCGACCGUCCUUUUAACCUUUUCCGAAGCUGGGGCAACCUUUCCCCGUGGUACAGCGUCCCCCGUGGAGCAUUCGGCAUUGAUGAUAGCGCAGAAGUCCCUCCUGGAUGUACUGUAACUGGCCUCCACCUACUUCAUCGUCACGGUGCCCGUUAUCCUACCGCAUGGGCGAAUUUCGGCGGUCCUGCCAAGUUUGCUACCCGUCUACACGAGAGUGCAUCACAAUGGGAGGCGACUGGGCAACUAGCAUUCUUGAACGAGUGGACCUACAAACUUGGCGAGGAAGUGCUCACUCCCUUUGGCCGACAACAACUCUACGACCUCGGCGUAUCUAUGCGCCUCAAGUAUGGUUUCUUACUAAAGAACUUUACAGAGACGAACACAAUUCCUGUGUUCCGGACAGAGUCUCAGGACCGCAUGCUCGCCUCGGCACUUAACUUCGCCAUUGGAUUCUUUGGCUACCCUUUUGAGGGGCAAUAUCAACAAUUGAUCACGAUCGAAGCCAACGGUUUUAAUAACACCUUCGCCCCCUACAAAACCUGCCCGAAUGCCAAUGCCGCUGGCAAAGCGGACCGCUCGCUACUCUACGUCAGAGAAUGGGUUUCUCACUUCCUGGCGGAAGCCCGCGAACGGCUGUCAAGGGCAAUGAUUGGAAAGGACGGUCUGCAGGGCGAGUUCGACUGGACUGGGGAGGAAGUUUAUGAGAUGAUGCAGAUGUGUGCCUAUGAGACUGUUGCUCUCGGUUACUCCAAGUUCUGUGAUCUCUUCACGGAAGAAGAGUGGGAGGGAUUCAAUUAUGCGCUUGAUUUGACGUUCUGGUAUGAUUCUGCUUUCGGCUCACCUGUCGCUCGCGUCCAGGGUGUCGGCUACCUCCAAGAGCUCAUCGCGCGACUUACCCAUACCCCGAUCGCGACCCACAACAGUAGCACCAACGCCACGCUUCAUACGCCUGAGACUUUCCCGCUAGAUCAUGCUCUCUAUGUAGAUGCUACGCAUGAAGUUGUUGUCCUCAAUAUUAUCACAGCGCUCAACCUGAGCACGCUCGCAGCAAGCGGACCUCUCCCUGCUGACCAUAUCCCUAAAGACCGUUCAUUCCGCUCCGCAGAUCUCGCACCCUUCGCAACGAAUAUGCAGUUCCAACUCCUCUCCUGCGCAUCUACCCCGGAACCACAAAUCCGGAUCAUCAUCAACGACGGCGUUGUUCCCCUCCACGGGAUUCGCACAUGCCCGUAUGAUGACAAGCACGGAAUGUGCCCACUUCCGGCAUUCAUUGAAGGUCAACAGGAGACGAUACGGGAGACAGACUGGGCGUGGGGAUGUCAUGGAGACUGGGAGGUCCCCUCUGGCAGUGAGUGGAAUUCGACUACGGGGUACCCACCGCAGGCAUAGAAUAGAGAGGAAGGACAUGUUUUUUGCUGCGCUGUGCAUACAUAAUAAAUACUAUU